AUGUCUGGUGAUUUAGGUUUAAUCGGUUUAGCCGUCAUGGGUCAAAAUUUGAUCAUGAACAUGGCUGAUCACGGUUUCGAAGUCGUCGCCUACAACAGAACUACUAGUAAAGUCGACGAAUUUUUAGCCAACGGUGCUAAGGGUAAGUCAAUUGUUGGUGCCCAUUCUUUAGAAGAUCUUGUUUCUAAAUUAAAGAGACCAAGAAAGGUUAUGUUACUGGUUAAGGCUGGUAAUCCAGUUGACUACAUCAUCAACGAUUUAGUUCCAUUACUAGAAGAAGGUGAUAUCAUCAUUGAUGGUGGUAACUCUCAUUUCCCAGACUCCAACAGACGUUACGAAGAAUUAAAGAAGAAAGGUAUCCUAUUUGUCGGUUCCGGUGUCUCUGGUGGUGAGGAAGGUGCUAGAUACGGUCCAUCUUUAAUGCCGGGUGGUGAUGAAAGAGCUUGGCCAUUCAUCAAGGACAUUUUCCAAAGUGUCUCCGCUAAGUCUGACGGUGAACCAUGUUGUGACUGGGUUGGCCCAGCUGGUGCAGGUCACUACGUCAAAAUGGUCCACAACGGUAUUGAAUAUGGUGACAUGCAAUUGAUCUGUGAAGCUUACGAUAUUAUGAAGAGAAUUGGUGGUUUUACUGAUAAAGAAAUCGGUGAUGUUUUCACUACAUGGAACAAAGGUGUCCUAGACUCUUUCUUAAUUGAGAUCACUAGAGAUAUUUUAAAGUUCGAUGAUGUCGAUGGUAAGCCAUUGGUCGAGAAGAUCAUGGAUACCGCUGGCCAAAAGGGUACCGGUAAAUGGACUGCUAUGAAUGCUUUAGAUUUAGGUAUGCCAGUCACUUUAAUAGGUGAAGCUGUCUUUGGCCGUUGUUUAUCUGCUAUAAAGAGUGAAAGAGUUAGAGCUUCUGAAACUUUAGUUGGUCCAGAAAUUCCAAAGGAUGCCGUCAAGAACAGACAAGAAUUUAUUGACGAAUUAGAACAAGCUUUAUAUGCUUCCAAGAUUAUCUCUUACGCACAAGGUUUCAUGUUAAUUCGUGAAGCCGCCAAGACUUACGGUUGGAAAUUAAAUAACCCAGCUAUCGCUUUAAUGUGGAGAGGUGGCUGUAUUAUUAGAUCUGUUUUCUUAGGUGAAAUCACCAAGGCUUACAGAACCAACCCAGACUUAGAAAACUUAUUACUUGACAAGUUCUUCACUGAUGCUGUUACCAAAGCUCAAUUAGGCUGGAGAAAGACUGUUGCUUUAGCUACUACUUACGGUGUCCCAACUCCAACUUUCUCCACUGCUUUAGCUUUCUACGAUGGUUACAGAUCUGCUAGAUUACCAGCUAACUUAUUGCAGGCUCAAAGAGAUUACUUCGGUGCUCACACAUUCAGAGUCUUACCAGAAUUUGCUUCUGAAAACUUACCAGAAGGUAAGGAUAUCCACAUUAACUGGACCGGUCAUGGUGGUAACAUCUCCGCUUCCACUUACGAUGCUUAA